UGCUCGAACCGAGGGAUUACACUCACGUCUUGAAAGCUUGUGGGUCUAGCAGACGGGGAUGUCUUGGAUAUGCUAUAUAAAGCUGAACACGAGUUAGGGUAAAUCAAUGACACAUACCCAGACUCAUAACAGUGCAACUGGACCUUUUAACUUACUCAUUUCAUCGGGAGGUUUCAACGGGAUUUGUGUGUAACUUCGUAUCAUUUUCACAAUGGGGCAUAUACCACAUUGGCUAUUGUUUUUACAAACGGUGAUAUGUGUAUAUUUUGAUAUUGACAUGAGUGCGAGGUCCUCUUCCUUCGCGCAGGCGACAUCUGUGAUACCUCACAGGACUUCUAAUGAUUUAUACAUGGAUCCUUGUAAAGCAGCUGGCUUCAUGGGAGACAUAGCAAUGACAGCAGAUGAAUAUGAAGCACAAAAACACAGAUAUCGUGAGAGGAAUCAGGGUCUGUGGGAACUUCAAGUCGAAGACCCUGGAAAUUACGGAUAUGAGGAUAAAAAGUUCAGUAAAAAGGAUAUGUUUAAUCCAAAAACAUUAAAAGAUAAAAGAUAUUUAAAGAAAAUUUUAAAACAAAAAGUUAAACAGAUGAAGUUACCAUGUACAAAAGGGAGUAAAAAAAUAUGUCGAAAAGAUCGACAUACAAUGAAGGAAGAAAUAAAAAAAUUACGAGAGAAAUGGAGGAAGCUGAGGUCCGAGCUGAAGCGUCAAAGAGGAAUCGCAAAGAAAUUGAGACAAGAAGCAAGGAAAAAGAAUCCCUCCAGAGUUUUGAAAAUUGACCGAGAAUCUAUGUUUGAAGAAGAUGACUUGGAUAAAAAGUCCUCUAAGCCCAAGCAGUCCUCAAGGAGGAGGUUUCGGCGAGCAGCGACGGCAAAGCCCAACCGACUGUGGGACUAUGGAGUCAUACCCUAUGAAAUUGAGUCCAAUUUUACUGGUGCCAACAAGGCGUUGUUCAAACUGGCCAUGCGACACUGGGAGAACUACACAUGCAUCACCUUCAUAGAGAAAAGGGCGGAGGAUCAGGACUACAUUAAGUUCACAGAACGCUCUUGUGGAUGUUGUUCCUUCGUAGGAAAACGUGGCAACGGCCCUCAAGCUAUAUCCAUUGGCAAGAACUGUGACAAGUUUGGUAUUGUCGUUCAUGAGCUGGGUCAUGUGAUCGGGUUCUGGCAUGAACACACACGGCCUGAUCGUGACAAUCACGUACAGAUCAACUAUAAUCAUAUCAUGCCAGGCCAGGAAUACAACUUCAACAAGCUGACACCGAGCGAAGUGAACUCUCUCGGCGAGGAGUACGACUACGGCAGCAUCAUGCACUAUGCUCGCAACACAUUUGCCCGUAACACGUACCUGGACACGAUAUUGCCAAGCAGAAAGCCGGGAGUGCUGGUGCGGCCAGAGAUUGGACAGAGGGUACGACUCAGUCCUGGGGACAUCCGACAAGCAAACAAACUCUACAGAUGUCCCAAGUGUGGUCGCACGUUACAAGAAUCAAGCGGCAAGUUCGCCCAUAACCCUGUCACAUCCAAGAGUAACCUGUGCCAGUGGAGGAUCUCGGCUACCCACGGAGAGAAGAUUGUCCUCAACAUCACCAAGCUGGACAUCCCCAAGUCCUACAACUGUGAGAAGGAUUAUCUGGAAGUGCGGGACGGAUACUAUGUCAAGUCUUCACUGCUUGGUCGGUUCUGUGGUGACUUAGUGCCAGAUACGCUGGUUUCCACGGACACCAGAAUGUGGAUUGAGUACAAGAGCAGCAAGAAAGAAGGCAAGGGUUUCCUGGCUGAGUAUGAAGCUAUCUGUGGUGGAGAGAUUGUCCGAGAAUUUGAGGCUCACUUGACAAGUCCAAACUACCCUGAUGACUAUCGGCCAAAUAAGGAGUGUGUCUGGAAGAUCACAGUCCCUGAAACCUACUCUGUCGCUCUAAAGUUCCAGUCAUUUGAGAUUGAGAAUCACGACAACUGUGUGUACGACUAUCUCGAGGUACGUGACGGCCAUGAUAAGAUGUCCACACUCAUCGGGAAGUACUGUGGCUACAAGAUCCCAGAAGACAUCAAGUCAACCAGCAACAAGCUGUAUGUCAAGUUCGUGUCAGAUGGAUCCGUACAGAAAGCUGGCUUUGCUGCAAGUUUUGUUAAAGAAUACGACGAGUGUGCGACCGACGUUCAUGGCUGCGACCACAUCUGUGUGAACACCCUGGGAAGUUUCAAGUGCAAGUGUAGGAUCGGCUACGAGCUUCAUUCAGAUGGAAAGAGAUGUGAAGAUGCAUGUGGAGGUUACAUUGACCAGGAGAACGGCACCAUCCAGAGCCCCUCCUUCCCAGAACUGUAUCCCCCCAACAAGAACUGUGUUUGGCAGAUUGUGGCACCGGAACAGUACCGAAUCAUGCUCAACUUCUCCCACUUUGACCUGGAAGGAAACAAUCGUGACUGUGAGUACGACUCGGUGCGAGUCAGCAGCGGAGUGGGCAAAGAGUCCAAGCUCCAUGGCGUUUAUUGUGGUGCCUCCCUACCCACCACUGUCACCUCCGAGGUCAACACACUGAGGAUAGAGUUCAAUUCUGACAACUCAGUCCAGAAGUCUGGCUUCAUGGCCAAAUACAUGACAGACAAGGAUGAGUGUGCCGUGGAGAAUGGCGGGUGCCAGCACAUCUGCAAGAACACUGUGGGCUCCUACAAGUGUGCCUGCUACAACGGAUUCACACUACACGAGAACCAGCAUGACUGUAAAGAAGGUGGCUGUCAACAUGAGAUCUCCGACCCCUACGGUGAAAUCAGCAGCCCGAACUGGCCCAACUUCUACCCCAGUCGGAAAGACUGUGUGUGGCAUUUCACAACGAAACCCGGCCACCGAAUUAAGCUCACCUUCCAUGACUUCGAGUUGGAGCCCCAUCAGGAGUGCACGUACGACCACAUCAUCGUGUUCGAUGGAGACGAUAACAGCGCAAGAAGUCUGGGUAAAUUCUGCGGGAGUAAACAACCAGAUCCGAUCACCUCCAGUGGGAAUAGGAUGUACAUGGUGUUCUACUCGGAUGCGUCAGUUCAACGCAAGGGAUUCCAUGCUGAACACGAAUCAGUUUGUGGCGGUCACCUUGUUGCUACAAAAAACAAUCAGAACCUGUUCUCACAUGCCAAAUAUGGCGACCAGCACUACGACAAUAGAGAGGAGUGUGAGUGGACGAUCCAGGCCAGGGAGGGCUACCACAUCAGGUUCCACUUCGUGGAGUUCGAGGUGGAGGAGGAGACAGACUGUGGCUACGACUCCAUCGAGGUGUUUGACGGUGCCCAUGACACAAGCCCCACCUUGGGCAGACACUGUGGUGCUACAAUCCCAGACGACAUAAUGUCAUCAGGAGAGACGCUGAUGAUCCGCUUUAAGUCGGACGAUACGCUCAACUCCAAGGGCUUCUUUGGAACUUACAGAUUGGAGGAUAACUCCAAUACACAGACGUUCGACACUGUCAAAGAGUUGGAGACAGAGUUCCAGUGAGCCUGAACUGAAAUAGUUCACCAACAAUUUCUUGCCAGUUCGGCGCAAGCCUCGGCACCAUCUUCCACCAUUGUCAUGGCAACAACACAACAGCUGAUAUUACAAAAAAUAGGGCAGGGUUGGUGUCAGGAGUUGUCAAAAUGAAGAUGACAAACUAUUUCUUCAUGGAUGUCUAUGAGUUCAGUGCUAGCCAUUUUAAGAGUGGAAUCAAAAUAUUGGAAUGGUAAGUUCCAAAACCAUAGGUUCAGAGAUGUGCGUCAUUUAGAGUGUAUGAAUAUUCAUAUGUGUUGUCUGUUGGUCUGGGUUCUCGGCUAGACAAACAGUCUGGCCGCCUGAUUGGUGUAAAAUUGGGACACACUUGGACGGACGCUCUCGUAUAAUACUCAAACACGCCUGCAGCUGAGUGACGAAAUGGAGGAAGGAGUUGAAAAUGGGACUUCAUUUUAAGCAGAAGAGUGCUGUGAGAGUAUGUUUAUAGCUCAAUACGUUUGUAUAUUGUCAUCUGUAUUUGUUAUUGAUGUUACCAUGGUUACUGUGUACAUAACAUCAGAGCUGCUACCUGUGAAAGUCAUCACGGCUUUACUGAUCGGAAAAUGGUUUACCCGAUUUAUACACAGGCCUUUAGCUUGAAAUAAGUUCUGUGAUUGUAGAGUUUUUGUACGGAGAGAAUGUUUGAUACUUUCGAGAAGAAAAACUCAUAUUUAAUCAAGGCAGAUUCGGAUCAAGUUUAUUGAUUUGCUAAACAAAAAAUGCAUCAAAAUGCUAAUUUCAUUUUGACCUGACUUUCACGGAAUGGCACCCUUGUAUAUAGUAGGAGUCAGCAGGAAGCCUCUCUAACACAAACAUUCAAAGGAACUUUGGACAUGGUAUGUUCAGAAAUAAUAAGGAACAAAAAAUUAUACACUUUUAUAUACAUUUUUUUUCCAAAAAAUAAUUUUUUUAAUUGUAAAACUAGUUUGCAAAGUUGUUUUUUUUUUAAAAAAGCAAUAAUUUUGUCUAAAAGCCAGGCUUUUGAAAAAAGCAGGUUAAGUAUUAGAUAACAUCAGACAGUUAUUUUCAACAAAUGAGGGAGGGAGUCCAUGUAUGGCACGAGAGGGUUCAUUUUAUGUGAUGGGGAUAAAUGUUUAUUGUUUCACAUCGAAAAGACAAUGGUUGUGUCCAGGUCUUAAGACUUUGGGUGAUUUUUGUGUUAGUGAGGCUUAUUGUUAGUGUUUUGGUGCAAUUUUGUGUAUUCUGAGCAUAAUUUAGUAUUUGACCAGCUCACAACCUCCAUAGGAUGUGAGCUUUAACAAUAUGGUGCUUGCCGAGUCUGCAGCAAACAGGUUUAUCAUUUAACUCAUUUAAAUGUUGUUGAUGUUUUAGCAUCUGUGAAACAGCAGCAGAACAGAUUUUAAUCUAAAUCCUGACAAGGUUUUGGAUAUCUUCUGAACAGUGUGAUAUUUAAAUUAGUGCUUUGUAAAACAUUUUGUAAUUUUCCAUAUUACAUAAAUGUGUGAGCUGAAAUUUUAUUUUAAUGUUUUAUGAACAUGUUAAAACUGUAUAGAAAUGAUUUUAACACACACAAAUUCUAAAUUUAAGUGAAUUUUACAGAUUUUAUUGAUGUAAUUCAAAUCUUCAAGAAGCAUAAACAUGAAAUGAAUGACAUGCUUAGUCAUUGUACAUCAUUCUAUAACAAUGAUUUUUAUAUAUUUUGAUAUUUGACGUUGGCUUAUUUCAGUCUGUGUACAGAAGGAAUACAAGUCAGAAACAAUAUCACUAUAUACAACUAAAGCAGGCAGGGCCUAUUACUUAAGGAUGGGAAAGGAAGCGACAUGAGAAAAACUGAAUUGUAAACAAUCUCUGUACAUGAAGGGGUCUCCACAUAAAGUUUGUGCAAUCUGUAGAUAUGUUUCAUCAUGUCACAAACAUUAAGGGUCCAGCGUGGCAGAAUCAUGGCUACCAGGGUGCAGUCAAGUGUUGAAUACUGUGGAUCCAUCUUUUUGGAAAAUGUAUCUGUGCAUUUUUUUAUUUAGCAAUUCCUGUUGGGGAAAAGAUAUCACUUAACAAUUACCUAUAAAACUUCCAAAUGUAAAAGAGUUUAGUAUGUUUCAAAAAGAGGGAUGUGCACCCCUGGAUCCAACCCCCUGGAUCCACGCCCCUGGAUCCCCACCCCAUGGAUCCACGCCCCCAGAUCCCCACACCCCCAUCUCCGUCAGUCUGCAGUUCACAAUCAGGAAUCUUUCAAGAACUGAAGCUGUGAAGAAUGAUUACAAAUGGGGAUGCUUAAUGUUGUGCUUGGUACAUGACACACAAGCUGCCUUCUUCAUGAUACGAACAAUAGGAACAAAGCUGUUUCAUCAGCUUAAGCUGAGGUAACCGUAUGUUUGCGCUGCUCCCGAUAAACGUCCGUGAUGUUAAAAUGAAAAUCGCUUAUAGGUGGCAGCAUAGAGAUAAUUACCACAGGUACAUCCGUACCUGAUGCUGAAACAGCUGAGAGGGGAAGGGUCGAAUGAAGGAGGUGGCGGGCUAGCCCAGUAGUUCAGGUCAUCACUCCUGGUUCAGUUCUGUGUGGGGGUACAGUGGGAAGUCAAUUCUGGGGAGUCCCCAUGGAGAUAAGGCUGGCAAUAUUCUGAACAUGGCAUAAUACCAACCUCACUCACUUGUUCCACAAGGAUGGAAUGGGGCAUUGAAUAUUAUUUUGUUCAUUCAUAACCUCCAAAGUACCAUUUCUCAUUUUCAACUUGGCAUCAGUUAUUUUUGGGGACAUAGUUUGUUAGUGACGAUUAUUCUAAGGUAACCGAUGUUACUUCUACAAAGUGAAGCACAAGGUCCAUGGUGUCUGUUAGAGAUUGAGAACUGCGAUAGUCUUAGGGCUAAGAUCGCUGUGAGCAGAGGUUCUCGAAAAGCAAUCUUCGCUCUAUGACCAUUGUAAGUCUCUGAUAGAGAUUGAGAAUUGCGAUAGUCUUAGGGCUAACAUCGCUGUGAGCAGAGGUUCUCGAAAAGCAAUCUUCGCUCUAUGACCAUUGUAAGUCUCUGACAGAGAUUGAGAAUUGCGACAGUCUUAGGGCUAAGAUCACUGAAAGCAAUCUCUACGAAUGUUGUAUGGUUCUACAGUUUGCUUGGCACUUCUGAGAAGUUGACAGAUGACAAGUAGACAUAGGUUUAUGAAAAACAACUUCUUUGUUAUAUUGUAAUAGCAACGUUUCUGUAUAGAUCCUAAUACCGUUAUCAAGCAAGGAAAUGUUGUUAAAUACCGUACAGUAUAGAAGUUGUUAUCGAUGAACCUUUGUCUAUUUUGUAAGGUUCUGUUAAAGCAUGGACGAUGUGCCUCUCCCAGCACUGAGAUCGCUUUAAGCAAAAAGCAAUCUUGACGCUAUGACUGUUAAUGCUCUGUUAGAGAAUGGAAAUUGUGACAGUCUUAGCGCUGAGAUUGCUGUAGGGAAUGCUUCCACAAAGCAGUCUUAACGCUACUGUGUUGUCGAAGAUUGUCAUAGUGCUGUCUUUGUGAGACGGCCCUCAAUAAUCGACAUGAUGCUCCUUUGCCCGAGUCCGUGAUAACGCCUUCUCCCAUCAUGCUGCUGCUGUACAUUAGGUUUAGUCAGGGAUGUAGCUCUAUGGCAGUGAUGUUGUCCGUGAGUGUUGUUUCAUGUCCUUAGGGAAGCCUCAUUUCUAUUGGUUGUUGUACCAUAUGACUAAUGUAGCAAGUUUUGUGAUGGCAGAUCGUUUUUAGACUACUUGUCUUCGUUUUACAUUUGAAGCACUUUUGGAUGUGAAUUUACAGUUAAAAAAGUCGUAUUUGAUACCAUCAAUAAAACAUGUACAGCGUUUUAA